AUGAACUCUCUUCGUUCAUCGCCUCCAGCGAACGUUGUCUAUUCGAAAUUCUCUGCCCAUGCGAAUUUCAAUGGGAAGAAUUCGUUCUACUGUUCAUCGUGCUAUCGUGGAUAUCAAUAUCGAGGCCAUGUCAAACGUCAUCACAAGACCGUACACGGCACCUCCGAAGAUGACAUGUUAAACGGUCGAAUUGUUUACUAUCUGGAAUACGAUCAACAUCUGGAUUGUUUGAUCACACCGACGAUGUCAAAUAGCACCGAUCAUCUUCGACCAGAGAAUGAACCGCAAACGGAAGAUCCCGAUGACGAUUGGAAUUUAAGCAUCGCCGAUGUGUGCACCGUCGAUGUCAUCGAAGAUGAAGCUGCUGCUCCGUGCAUGAUCAAAGCGGAGAAGAACGAUGUCGAACAGAUGGCCAUCGGCGAUCCUCCAGAAGCAUUUGAUAUCAUCACUCUGCCGACCGAAGUAUCUGUGGAGGAACCGGAACGCACGUUCCAGUUUAGUGACUGUGCGUUUCGUUCAAAUAGCGGCGGCGAGAUGGAGAAGCAUGUCUGCUCAUUCCCCUGA